AGGCUCCACCUGUCUCCCGUCCUCCGCCAGGGUUAUUGACCCAGAAGCAGCCGUCACCCAGUAGCCGUGGUAUGCCGGCCAGUGCUCACCCCCCGGUCACCGGAUCGGCGGCAGCUGCUCGGUCCCGGAGUUAUUUUCACCCCCAGGACAGAGUGAUGCAGAGCAGCCCCAGUCAGACCCGCGGAGAGCAGCAUGAAGUCCGCAGGACCCGACGGCUUCUUCCCGUCUGACCCGGACGACCUGGACAGCGGCGGCGGCGGCAGCGACAGCUCCUACGGGAAGUCCACCGGCGAGGGCAGCCCUCGCGGAGAAGCAGGCGGCGGCGAAGCAGGCGGCGGCGGUUCCCGCGCCGCAGCGCCCCGGCGGAGGAAACGGCGGAGACGCAGCAGCGACGGGGACGCGGACCCGGGAACCGCGGGCGUGAGCAAACAGAGGCAGGCGGCGAACGCGCGCGAGCGGGACAGAACGCACAGCGUGAACACGGCGUUUACGGCGCUGCGCACGCUCAUCCCCACCGAGCCCGCGGACCGGAAGCUCUCCAAGAUAGAGACGCUGCGCCUGGCCUCCAGCUACAUCUCGCACCUGGCCAACGUGCUGCUGCUCGGGGAGGCGGCGGACGGACAGCCCUGCCUCGGCUACCCGAGCGAGCGGCGCGGCGCCCCGGGUCCCGCGCUGCGGCCCAUCUGCACCUUCUGCCUCAGCAACCAGAGGAGACUGCUCCGAGACGGAGGGAAACACUCGGCCGCUGUGUGAGGCAGAACCGCGCCGGACAGACAGGAAGUCCACCUUCGCCUUGUUUACAUGUACACCUGUAGGACUUUGUACAUUAUAUUUAUUUUUGGAUUAGAACCAGUAAUGAACACUGAACAGCACUUUGUGUCCACGCUGCUGAGCUUCUGUUUUGGUUGAGCUGUAACCGGAGCCCAUGUGGAAAGCUGCACCUGACGGGGGCUAUUUCGGUCCCUCGAACUGUAUCAGCUACCCCCCCCCAUGCUCAACACCAG